GCAAAACGGAGAAGAAGAAGACAAAGAGUUGGUACAUUCAUCCACAGAUUACUCCAUUCAGCUGUGAUAUGAGUCGACCGAAGAGAUAUGAAAGUGUUUGUUAUAUAGUCAAAUAUGUAGAUGACGGUGUGUUAUUAGCAUGAAGAAUGAAGAUGAACUGGAAUUUCUGGAAAUCCCUUGUGAUGGACGCACGUCAUUUUUAUUGGGGGACAAAAUAAAUACAGAGUGGGAUGAUGGGGAAAUGUAUGAAGCUGAAAUAGUAGAUGUUGGACCAAAGUCUAUACUACAGGGCCGAAUGCGUCAGCACAGGCAAAAAAAUGAUCAAGGAAAAAAGAAGUCAGACUUAGCUCAUGAAAGGAAGAAGAAGCAGGCAGCAGAUAUCAUUGAUUCUAUUAUAGAUAAAAAUGAUUCUAUUGAAGAUAUAUUCUCACAAACAACUGCGAAAGACUACGACAUUUUCCCUGAUUCCCCCAAUCCAGCUGAGCAUAACAUAUCUAUUACUGCUGAAAAUAAUGGCGAAACAUCUACACCUAAAGGUUCACAGCCUGAGACGCAAAAACUUGAUAGCAGUGUUGAAUUUGAAACUCCACCAAAAAAAAUGCGUAUAUUAAGUGACGAACAAGAAUUAGAAAAAUGGAUAGAAAAAUAUAGAAAAUUGAAGACAAAGUAUCGAGAACUAAAAAAGAAAAGAAUGGCGACUGAUACAAGUAUUGAAGAGAAACCAAAACCAGGUCUUGUGAAAAAAGAAAUAGCAGAACAAUUUGAAAUGAUUGAAAUAAUUCCCUCAUCAAAAGUGUACUGGACUGAAGUGCAUAAGCAAUUAGUACUCAGUAAAACUAGCUCAGCUAGUCAGCUAGCAAAUGCUUGUGUUGAUGUGUUUUUUGAUAAAAAUAUAUUAUCUUUAAGUAACACAAAAGGAGGAGGAACAGGGAAGUACAAGCCCCUCAAUGAAGAUAUUCUUAAUGGAAUAAGAGCAUUUGUUCAAAAGAAUUAUCCUGGAACAAAGCUUUCUGUUAUCAACACCGUCAUUAAUAAUAAGUGCACAUCUGCAAGACGUUGUAUCAGCUCUAAAGAGAAUAAGGACACUGAAUAAAAAAGAAAAAAAGAUUAUAUAAGUUGAUAAUAUACUGAAAGACAUUACUAUUAGG